GACAAUUGCGCCUUCAUCGGAAAAAGUCCACACUAGAAAUUAAAUAUCAUUUUCCUAGAAAAUUUAUAGAGUAUAGAGGCCCAUGUCUGAGUAGUAUUUUGAACAAUUAAUCUCGCACAAUUCGAAUCGAUUUCAAGGUGUUCCAGCUCGAAUUUCACUGUUUCCAACGUCCACGAAUAUUGUUAGUGCGGUUCGCCAUAGUGUUUUUAGUGUCUGGUGUUUGUUUUGUUAACUACAGAGAAAAGUGAUGGUGUUUCGAAUGAUUUUAAGUGUUUGUCAGUGAAACUACAGGGAUUCUCUACCGAAAAUCCGCGUCAUUAUUUGCCCAGCAAGGUGGCAAAGUGUUUGUUGAUGCAGCAGAACCACUGUGCCAUUUAUCCAGAUGGAAACUGACGUUACUCAUUUGGUUACUCAGCAAGAAUCUCAGACGGAGACAUCAGAAAGCAUGACAAAGCCGCCAGCAAUCCGUUACCCUAGUGAACCUUCUUCGGAUGAAAGCGACUUUGAGGAUUCUGACCUAAAGGAGGUGAUGCAAUGUGAGGAUGCGGGCUCCUCAUUCUUCCAGCGCUACUUUCAAAAUCACAGCAACAGCUUGCCUUCAAGACUGAUGGGUGCUAGUGCUCGUCGUCUCUCUCAGUGUCGAGAGGAGGAUGAGGACGACGAGAAAAAGGAUCAAUCGAACGAAGUGCCUUCAUCCAACGCCUCCGUGAUCAGCGGCAGUGAUAAGUCGCUGUCCGAGUCGUCAAGUAGUUCUAAAACGUCUGUGAUAGAUACUGUGACUGGACCAUCGCAUAAAUUCGUGAUAGUCAAGACUAAACAGCAUCCGGAUAUUUCCGCUGCUGAUAAUUCCAAUAGCGCUGUCCCAGCGACAGAGUGUAGUUCGGCCAACGAGGGCAACAAGAAGAAGCACAUGACGGAGGUGGCGAAGAUAUUUGCCUCUAGGCAACAGUACCGGCAAAGUAACACUGUGGGUGCUGUGCCCUCGCAGACGAAAAGGAUGCCCGCUUACAAUAUAUUUAACAAUAAAAGUCCCCUGGUUAGUCCGCAUUAUGACACCAGGUUUUUUGACUCCUCACUCAUUGAGAUGAGGAGUCAGACGUCCAGCUCGUCCACAGUGGACUGUUCUGAAGUCGUCGAGGAUAUUUGGGUGAAAAGACCCGAAACGGAUAAGAAAAAAGAACUGGGCUCACAACCGCUCCCGACUCUAUCGGGGGAAGAUGCCGACACUUUGCCUAGGUCGAGGUCUGGAACAUGGGGUGCCAAGGACUCGAAAAAGGACAAACAGGAAAAGUCCAAAUUGAAAAAGGCAGAAAAACCCGAUGGGAAAAAAGACAAAGCGCAAAGCGGCAGUAGAAGUGGGUCAACAUCUAGAUCGAAUUCUGCUGAGCGUCGAAAAUCGGAUGAUGCCACUCCGAAGAAAGAGGGAUCCAGGAGUAGAUCGAAUUCGGACGAUAGUAAGCGAAAAGGAAGUGCCUUUAUGGCGUCGAUGAAGGCUGCAAUGUUGCACACUGGUUUCAUCCACGCCAAACAAAAAGCUCCAAAGGACGGAUCUGCUCAUCCGGUGGUUGCUCCAGACAGUUCCGAUACCAGAUAUUAUCACACGGUUACUGCAGCUAACAAUAGGGGCCCGAUGACGAAAGUUAUGGAUAUUUUUAGAAACAAGCCCACGUUCCAGUCCGAAGAGGAAAUUAUCAGGCGCGAUGAGCGUAAGGAAGACCGAAGGAAAGAGGAGAAGCGCGAGGAAGAGCGACGGAGGAAAGAAGAGAAGGAGCGUAGGCGCGAGGAGGAGAAACGAAAGAAAGAAAAGCAAGCGGCAUUUGCUCAGGGCCGACCUAAGGGCCCCAGAGACGGAUCGGCCCAUCCGGUCCGAGAUAGCGACAACAUGUAUUAUCAUACGGUUACAGCUGCAUCGUCAACCAGAAGCCCCAUGACGAAGGUGAUGGAUAUCUUCCGGAAUCGAUCCCAUGGCACCCCCACUCCGGAUGAGCGAAGAAAGAGAGCCAGUCAUCAUCUUGGAGCCCAAAUUAAGCAGAAAGUGCUGGAUGGAGACAGAAGACGUCAAUCUUUAGGUGCCAUUAUUCCUACGAAUAUACACAGAGCUUCGGACGCCUUUGUGGAUCCUCAUCAUGCGGCCAUAUUGUUUAGGGACUCUCGAGGGCUGCCAGUCGUCGAUCCCUUCCUGGAAAAAGUCAAAAUAUCCGAUCUAGAAGAAGAUGAAUCUCAAAUCUUCGUCAAGUUCUUCAAGUUUCAUAAGUGCUACGAUCUCAUUCCUACAUCAGCAAAACUGGUGGUCUUUGAUACUCAACUUCUCGUUAAGAAGGCCUUCUUUGCUUUAGUGUACAAUGGUGUGAGGGCAGCCCCGUUGUGGGACAGUCAGAAACAAGAGUUUGUGGGAAUGCUCACAAUCACGGACUUCAUAAAAAUCCUGAGGAUGUAUUACAAAUCCCCCAGCGUGGCCAUGGAUGAGCUGGAGGAACACAAGCUAGACACCUGGAGGCGGGUACUCAAAGACGCCCGACCUCUUAUUAAUAUUGGCCCUGACGCGUCGUUAUAUGAUGCUAUUAAGGUGCUGAUUCACAAUCGAAUCCACAGGCUGCCGGUGAUCGAUCCGGAUACAGGCAAUGUUCUCUAUAUCCUUACUCACAAGAGAAUACUCAGGUUCUUGUUUUUGUAUAUAAACGAAUUGCCUAAACCCAGUUACAUGAACAAGACGCUUCGGGAAUUGAGGAUUGGGAGUUACGAGAACAUCGAGACGGCCAGUGAAGACACGUCGAUUAUUUUAGCGUUGAGGUCCUUUGUGGAACGACGGGUUUCUGCCCUGCCGAUAGUGGAUCGCGAAGGGCGAUUAGUGGACAUUUAUGCCAAAUUUGAUGUCAUUAAUUUAGCAGCAGAGAAAACCUACAACGAUCUGGACGUUUCCUUGAAAAAGGCCAACGAGCACAGGAAUGAGUGGUUUGAGGGUGUACAUAACUGUAAAUUAGAUGAAACCUUGUUUAAUGUGAUGGAGAAAAUUGUGCGAGCAGAGGUUCAUAGAUUAGUAGUAGUGGAUGAUGAAGGCAAAGUCAUAGGGAUAAUUUCAUUAUCAGAUCUACUUUUGUACCUGGUGUUGAGACCAUGCGGAGAAGACGGCGGGUCGCCCGAUGGUGGAUCCUCCGUACGCGCUCAGGAUAUAAGCAAGAUUCAAGAAAAACUGGCCAAUUCCAGUCGAGCAUCCUCAAAUGAGGAAGUGUCUCAUACCAUUCUCGAAGAGGAAGAGGGCGAAGAAGGCAAGGUCGCGGAGAAAACCGAGGAGGAAGAAACCUCUCCGGAAAGUAGCCCCGCUUUGGAAAAGAACCUACAAAACACUUUAACCCCUGAGAAGGCCAUAUUUCGCGAAGUGGCGGUUACGGGGGGAGGAGAGUGACAGCCCCUAAGUGUACAGUAUAGUUUCUAACAUUAAUAGAGUAAAGAAACAUGGUGAUGAUUGAAUAAAUGCGGGUUUUGUACAGUAAAAUGCCUCUUUAUCGUUAGUUGUGGUGCGGAAUUGUUUCUGAAGGCGCGCGUACAUGAGUGAACAUUUCGGGUUUCCCCGAUAAAUUCUUAGUUGUUUCAAUUUGAUUAUGCGGUUUUUCAAAACAGUCACAGAAAAGGUUUCUUUCCAGACAAACUGAGAAAAAUUUUUGGUGGAGUUUGUUUUCAUCAACUGUUGAUUCAAAUUGUCACACUUGAAAUAACUGGCCGAACACAUUUAAGUCAAUUUGCAUUUGCACACAUUUGCAACACCAAAACUAACAGCUGAAGAAUUCACACACUAAGUGAAGAAGUCAAAUCAACCAUUGAGAAGCUUGUUACAUUCUGAAGGAAUCACAAAAUGUAUUUAGUAUCGGCAAUAUUUUCACUUGAUACGUCAAAGAUGAUACAAAAGUUAUGCGGUAACUGAAAGAAAAUGUUGUGAAUCAUCUGAAAAAUGUGCGAGGUUUGCGAUUAUUUUGAAUCUAAAUAGAUCAGUUAAUGAAACUAUACAACCUAUAAUUCAGUGUAUAAAUUGUACUUAAUGUAAGGAAUAUACCAAAGACUGCUUGUAUUUUUGGUUUUACGCAGAAACAAUUCUUCUGAUGAAUCUAUCUACUAGUGCUUUAUUUAUUUAUGUCGAUUUAUACGACGCGUGACUGCAAAAUGAGAAGCUCGUUUACUAUGUAGAAAAUUAAAGUGUUUGCACCAGACGAGUUAUUCAUUUUGUGUGGCCAUGUAUUUUCAACGUAUUGAUAAUAAUGGUAUACAUAGUGUACAAUAAUUUAAUAUAACACCAUAGAUGAAGCCAUUGUUGGUUAAAAUUUUACUAAUAAGUAUAUAUAAAUACUGUUAAUAUUAAAUUUUUGCGAAUACAGUUUUUUAGAAAGGAGUAAGCAAAUGCCUUAAUUUUACAAUGAAGGAUGUUUAAUAAGUCAAGUCUUAAGGAAUAAAACAGAUAUUUGAAAUCAGA